AUGGCGAGGCCAUCCAGCGCCUAUAUCGGCGACGAAUUCUCGUCUCUCCAGCAUGACUCGCACGUAGGCAUCAACAUGGGCGCGUACGAUCACCUCGGCGGCGGCAGCGGCGGAGGCUCGGCCGCACAAUACGCCUCCGCCUCCAACAGCCACCGCUCUCCGCAGGCGUCCGGGUCGGGUUCAGCUUCCAGGUAUCAGUCUGGCAGCAUGGCACCUCCGCUGGGCCCGGGACCUUCGUCGUCGACCACUGGGCUUGGCUCGCUGGGCUUCGACUCGCUCGACACGCACUCGGCCUCGAACGCCAUCUCGACCUAUGCGUCGCCCCGCCUGGCCCAGGCGCACGCUGGCGGCUCCAGCGAUGGCUACGAUGGCAGCCGCUACGCGUCCAACGCCACCCUUGACCCUCACCGGGGCGGCAACGGCCUGGCUCGCGACGCUGGGCUCGGCCGCUCCCUCUCAAUGGGCCACGCGACCCACAGUACUCACCGCGCCAGCACCGGAUCGGCCCUGCACAGCGGCUCCCAUGCUGCGACCAACAACCACCCACCCACCUCGGCGCCCUAUGACCAGCAGCACCACCUCCUCGGACCGACGACGUCAUCCUCGUCGUCCAAUUCGCGGGUCAGCAGCUAUGCGAUGGGGAACAGCCCCGGUGGCGGCGGGUCCGGCUCGCAAGGCGCGGGCGCCAUGACCAGCCUGUCGUCGGCCCUGGACCUGCCAUCGUCUUCGUCGACCGGCCACGGCAACAGCAACACUGCCUCAGGCACGACGGCCGGCAUGCACCGUCAGCCUUCCAACCAGCAUCCCAACAGCCUGAUGCCCGCGUCGCACCUCGGCGCCGGCACCGGCUAUGGCGGCAGCGGCAGCGGCAGUCGGCGCUCGUCGGCCAUCCUGGGUGGUUCGUCCAGCGCGCACUAUGGGUCAAGCGCCGCGCCGCGCUCGCCGAACUCCACGCACGACUCGCUGAUGCCGAGCGCCUACAGCCCCAACCACACGGUCGGCUCUCAGCGGUACUCCACGAACCUCGGCAGCUCCGCGCUGGGGCGGCGCAAUAGCGGAAGCAGUGGCGGUGGCACGUUCAUGGACCUGACGCCGCCUGGUACAGGAGGUCUCCGAGAAUCUCGCGGUCCGUCACCCAACCAGCCCCAGCGGAGUCAGUACGAUGCUCAAAGUCUCGGCGGUCUUGGCGACACGCUGCCGUACGCCUAUACCUCUUCGUCAUCCUCGGCGGCAUACGUGAAUUCCGGAGGCGCCGGGUCCAGCGCCAAGCAUGCGACUGGCGGCAACCUUCGCAACUCCCAAGGUCCCCCGCCUCGCUCUAGCAACGCUGGCAACUCGGACUACGGCGCUGCCUCGCAGAGCAACAACAGCAACAGCUGGAACCAGGCUGCAUCGCUGUCGAAUUCCCGCAGCGGAGCGGCAGCUACGGGCGAGUCGCACCGGAACAUCGACGUCGGGGUAAGCGGGCGGACGCAGACCAACGCCGGUCUCUCCUCGUUGCGAAGUUCAGGCUUGUACGGCGAUCUGACGAGCGGCAUCCAUCCACAGGCCUCGGACCAGGGCAACUCGUACGCGCUCCCGGCUCCCGGCGAUCACUCGCGGCGCACCAGCAUGCGGAAAGAGCCGUCUUCGCACCGGCCACGACGGGCCGUCGAAGGGUUCCGGCGGGUGCGCGACCUCGACGACCUUCGGCCAGUGAUGGACAAGAGCACCGCGGCGGCGAGCGGAGCAGCAGCGAUUGCGGACGGCAAGGCCGCCACAGCGGCGGCCAAGACGACUAUCCGGCGAGCCGAUCCCGCAGGAGGCUUCGUCAGCCCCCUCAAGGCGCUCACCGCGUACCUCCACCACACCUACCACCUCGUCAACCCGGCCUUCUUCUACGAGCUCAGCUUCAACCCGCGGAGGGUGCUGACCAAGCCGAGCAAGCCGAUGCAAAACGACGGCUACGACAACGAGGACAACGACUACAUCCUCUACGUCAACGACUGGCUCGGCACGGAGGAGGGCCACAAGUACCUCAUCCUCGACACGCUCGGCCAAGGGACGUUCGGCCAGGUGGUCAAGUGCCAGGACAUGACCACCCACGAGAUUGUCGCGGUCAAGGUGAUCAAGAACAAACCGGCCUACUUCAACCAGAGCAUGAUGGAGGUGACGGUGCUCGAGAUGCUCAACGGCAGUUGGGACCCGCACGACGAGCAUCACAUCCUGCGUUUGAAGGACACCUUCAUCCACGCCAAGCACCUCUGCCUCGUGUUUGAGCUGCUCUCGUCCAACCUCUACGAGCUGAUCAAGCAGAACUCGUUCCGGGGCCUGAGCACCAGCCUGGUGCGCGUCUUCACCGCACAGCUGCUCGAUGCCCUCACCGUGCUCUACGAGGCCCGGCUGAUCCACUGCGACCUCAAGCCCGAGAACAUCCUGCUGAAGACCCUGCAAACACCGAGCAUCAAGCUGGUCGACUUUGGGUCCGCCUGCCACGAGAAGCAGACGGUCUACACGUACAUUCAGUCGCGCUUCUACCGGUCGCCAGAGGUGCUGCUGGGCCUGCCCUACUCGGCGGCCAUCGACAUGUGGUCGUUGGGUUGCAUCGCCGUUGAGCUCUUCCUCGGCCUGCCGCUCUUCCCGGGCACCAGCGAGUUCAAUCAGGUCUGCAGGAUCGUCGAGAUGCUCGGUCUGCCGCCGCAGUUCAUGCUGGACAACGGCAAGCAGACUGGCGAGUUUUUCCAGGUCUUCAGCGACGAGUUUGGCCGCAAGAGCUACCGCCUCAAGUCGCUGGAGCAAUACUCAAAGGAACACAACGUCCAGGAGCAGCCCAGCAAGAAGUACUUCCAGGCCACGACGCUACCGGACAUCAUCCGGACCUACCCGAUGUCGCGCAAGAGUGGCAAAUCGGCCGACGUCCAGAAAGAGCUGGCCAACCGGAACUCCUUCAUCGAUUUCGUCAGCGGUCUGCUCAACAUGGACCCGCACGAGCGGUGGACGCCGCAGCAGGCCAAGCUGCAUCCCUUCAUCACCGGCGAAAAGUUCACCAAGCCCUUCCGACCGCCUGCCACGUCUUUCGUGCCGAGCUCGACGGCGCUCGCCAAACCGAAAGCGCCCGAUGCGGCCAAGCAUCCGUACGGCGGCCUGCCACAAACAUCGGCCCGGCCAUCGGGCAAGUCGUUCCAGGACGCCGCCGCCUACAACCAGCACUUGGCGCAGCAGCAGGCCUACAACUCUGCCCACCAGGCGGCCGCCGCGCGACAGGCGCAGCCCGCCAUCAACAACCCGUACGCCAGGGAAGAGGCGGCUGCGGCUGCGGCGCAAGCCCAGCAUGCCGAGGCUCAGGCGCAUGCAAAGGCCCAGGCUCAGGCAGCUCACGCUCACGCUCAGGCCCAGGCUCAAGCUCAAGCACAGGCGCACGCGCAGGCCGUCGCAGCUCAGCACUAUGACGUGCGGCAGUCGUUGCCGCCGGCGGCCUCGUCGUCAUCGUCGUCGGCCUACUACAGCCAGGGCGGGUCUUCGGGCGGCCAGCGAUCCGACCAUCGCCUCAGCGUGAUCCCGCCGCAGCUGGCCAAGUUGGGGAUCGACCCUUCGCUCGGCAGCGGCCAGAGCAUCACGUCGCUCGUCAACCGCGAAGACUCUCUGCGAGAGUGGGAGCGCCGGCAAAAUGGCCUCGCUCCAAGCCUCGGUGGCGGCGGUGGCGGCAGCAGCAGCAGCAGCAGCAAGCGGCGCCAGUCACAGUACCAGCAACUCGACCUUCUUCAGCAGCAGGCUGAAAUGGCUGGUAGCGGGGGAACCGCCUGGAGCUCCGGCUGGGGUUUGUCGGCGCCGUCUUCGUCGGCCACGGGCGGGCCAUCGGGCGGCUCGGCGGUUCAGUCGCCGCAGUCGGGCGGCUUCUCGGUGGUGGUCGAUGGCCAAGAGCGAGGUGGGAGGAUCAUGCCCAACCCGCACGACGGCCAGGGCUCGACCAGCUUGGCAUCGCCCUCGAUUGCCGCUCCGCCGGCCGCCUACUCGUCGUCUUCGUCGCUCGGCGGGCGCUACCAGCCGUCGCACAGCGCAUCGCACCACGGCUCGCUGCCGCACCACCACCUCGUUGGUGGCGGUGGCAGCAGCAGCGCUGGCGGCGGUGGAGCGUCGGGCGGCCUCUCUGCGCUGAGCGGCCUCGGCAUGUCGUCGCACAGCGGCGGUGGCUAUGGCGGUGGUGCCGGUGGCCUAGCUGGCCUUGGCAGCGGCGCCCCGUCCGGCGGAUCGGGCGUCGUAUAA